UCAUCAGGAGGCUCGGGAACGCGGCAAUACAACCGUAAUAUAGGAUCGGCACAUUUCUUCUGAGGAUCUGAUGCUUCUUGCGCACAGGUAGCAUCUAGGCGUCCGAAGGUCAACGGUUCGUUCGGACUCGCUACAUUGGCGAGGAUGCCGCCGACCAGGAGUCGUGCUGCAUGUAGGGGAUGCCGCGACAGGAAGCAAAAGUGUGAUGAGAAGAAACCAACUUGCUCUAGGUGUCGGCGGCUGCAACGGGCAUGCGAAUGGCCAGCGAUCCAAAAACGAGGACCAACCAAGGGAUAUACCGAAGCGCUAGAGCAUAGGCUAGAGGCCACUGAACAUGCCUUGUUACGGUUACUGUCUGUCACCAAUGAUACGUUGAAAGCAGCUGCAUUCCAUAAGAGGAAUUGGUCGGCCAGGUCUGAAAAUAAUACUAUCACUAAGUCUGAAACGAACCCUAUAGUCCGCUCAGCAGAGGACAAGGCUAUCUUAAUGGAACAAUGGGACGAGUUUCCUCUGCGUAGCGCCAAUGACCUUCGGCGGUGGGCGCAAACCUGCCGGGCGCCAUCAAACCCAUCGAGUUUCAUGCCCAUUGAUACGACAGCUGGGGCUGAUCAUGAGCCAAGUGACCACGAAGAAGCUUCGCUUCUGCCAACUUCUGUCGAAAACAUACCGGUUGGCCAACACCGCCUCACACUGACGCACACCGCUUUCAGUCAGGAUGAGUUGACGCAUGAUAGCGGAGGAUCUUAUGAGAUCCAGCUGGAGAGAAUGUCUGCGGCGCCAUCAGACAUGAGAGGAAAUUGUCUCGGCGACUCAGAAGCCCCCACAACAAAUAUUGACACACCUGAUCCUAGGAGAGAUACCUGUCAAAUCAGGGAUGUGCCGCAACAGUUCCGCCAGCAAUUCCUUUGGUAGAUGUUAGGGCAUCGUCAUUGUGGCCUAAAUUCGUUCAGCUGCAUACCGUGCCUUGGUGGCUGUCACUCGGCCAUCUAUUCGUACUGAAGACUUCUCUGUACCAAGCUAGACUACAUGGCAUGGUU